AUGGCCAGUUUACUCCGACGGCCAGGCAAUCUUGCUCAAUACUCGAGGAGAGCCGCAGACCGCAUCUUCCGCGCAGGCCCCCUAUAUACGCGGAUUCCGCAGUCAAGGCUGUCAUCCUUGGUCACAGCGCGACGUGUAAGAACAUUCGCUACACAGAGCCCCGGUGACCCGAAGCCUCCGAACGGCGAAGACAACCAGAAGCCACCUACCGGAAACAAUGGUGGUGAUCAGAAGCCCCCUCAGAAGCCGGAGGGCGAGAAACCCAAGGAACCCGAAUCCAAAUUAAGCCCGGAGGAUGAAAAGGAUCUAGACCUUUUCCUUCAACAUAUGAAGGAAUGGAUUCCGCAAUCACAACAGCAAACCCUUCAGGAUAUGCGAGCCACUUUAAAGAGGGAUGGUAUGUCGUCGGAGGUGCGGGAUUUCGUCCAGAAGCAUCUCAAAGGCGGCUCCGAUCCGUCGAUGUUGGAUUACAUUCAGAUUACUCGCCAUAUUCAUGCGUUAUCGCAGGAGAAACCAAAGACUGAAAAGGAGCAGAAGGAUGAGAAAAAGCAGGGCGAAAAGAAACAAAAGGGCAAGGAUCAAUGGGGUCAAUCUCCGAACAUGAAGACAUUUGAGUUCGGAUUUGAUCCUGCGUCGUUCCUAAUAAGUUCCAUCGUUGCCUACUAUCUUUAUCGCAGUGUUUUCCCUGCCGAAAAUACGAAGGAGAUCACAUGGCAAGAGUUUAGGAAUAACUUCUUCGACAAGGGUCUUGUGGAGAGGUUAACCGUCCUCAACAACAACCGGGUGCGUGUCGAUUUGAAUCGUGAGGCCGUUGCCCGAACGUAUCCGGACGCACAGGCAGGCGCCUACUAUUUCAGUAUCGGAUCAGUUGACAGCUUCGAACGCCAUCUUGACGAGGCCCAGAAUGAGCUCGGGAUUCCUAGCUCUGAGCGUAUUCCAGUUUCCUACAUUGAAGAAAUGCCAUGGGCAGCCACUUUCUUGUCCUUCGCCCCUACGCUCCUCUUAAUGGGUGGUUUCUACUACCUGUCAAGGCGUGCUGGCGGUGGUAGAGGUGGCAACAGCGGUAUCUUUGGUAUCGGAAAGAGCCGAGCUAGACGCUUUAACCACGAAUCAGAUAUCAAGAUCAAGUUCUCUGAUGUCGCUGGAAUGGACGAAGCUAAGGUUGAGAUUAUGGAAUUCGUUAGCUUCCUCAAACACCCAGAGAAGUUCCAGAAGCUCGGCGCCAAGAUUCCUCGCGGUGCGAUCCUGUCGGGACCUCCUGGUACUGGUAAGACGCUUCUCGCCAAGGCCACUGCUGGUGAAUCUGGUGUACCUUUCUUCAGUGUCAGUGGUUCUGAGUUCGUGGAGAUGUUCGUCGGUGUCGGUCCUUCCCGUGUCCGGGAUCUCUUUGCCAAUGCACGCAAGAACACCCCUUGUAUCAUUUUCAUUGACGAAAUCGAUGCUAUUGGUAAAUCUAGAGCCAAGCAAAGCUUCGGUGGUGGAAACGACGAGCGGGAAAGUACGCUGAACCAGAUUUUGACUGAGAUGGAUGGCUUCAAUACUUCUGAUCAAGUGGUUGUCUUGGCUGGUACCAACAGACCCGAUGUGCUUGACAAAGCUCUUAUGCGACCUGGACGAUUCGAUCGACACAUUGGUAUUGACCGACCUACAAUGGACGGCCGCAAGCAAAUUUUCCGUGUUCACUUGAAGAAGAUUGUCACUAGCGAGGAUAUGGAGUACUUGACUGGCAGACUCUCUGCAUUGACCCCUGGCUUUGCUGGUGCUGACAUCGCAAACUGUGUCAAUGAGGCUGCUUUGGUUGCUGCUCGCGAGGAUGCGGAUCGUGUAACAAUGAAGCACUUCGAGCGUGCCAUUGAACGUGUCGUUGGCGGUUUGGAAAAGAAGUCCGUUGUGCUCUCACCGGAGGAGAAGCGCACUGUGGCGUACCACGAAGCCGGCCAUGCUAUUUGCGGUUGGUAUUUCCGCUGGGCUGAUCCGUUACUGAAGGUUUCCAUUAUCCCUCGUGGACAGGGUGCCCUUGGAUAUGCUCAAUACCUUCCCGCUGGUGGCGAUACCUACCUGCUGACAUCAAACCAAAUGAUGGAUCGGAUGGCAAUGACCCUGGGAGGUCGCGUUAGCGAGGAACUGCACUUCGACACCGUUACCAGCGGAGCUAGCGAUGAUUUCAACAAGGUUACUCGUUUGGCAACAGCUAUGGUAACGAAGUUUGGAAUGUCACCGAAGCUGAAAUACAUCUACUAUGAGGAGGACCCGUCACAGCAGAUGCACAAGCCUUUCUCCGAGGAAACCGCCAAAGAUAUCGACAUCGAAGUUCGCCGCAUCGUCGGCGAAGCCUACAAGCAAUGCAACACUCUCCUAACAGAGAAAAAGAAAGAAAUCGGAUUAGUGGCCGAGGAGCUCCUGACUAAGGAAGUUCUUAGUCGUGACGAUAUGAUCCGUCUCCUCGGUCCCCGAGAAUGGCCGGAAUCAGGAGAAUUCGCCAAGUACUUCGACAACACGUACGGACAGACCAUUGCACCCCCUGAGCCUGCUGUAGGAGAAGACGCCGAAGGAAAGGACGGCAAAGAUCAAACACCUCUGCCGCCAAACUCAUCCUCAUAG